CGCAAUCACUUUCGUUUUUGUUUAGUUUUCUAUCCACUUAGUUUGUCUUGUGUGCAGGUGCAGGACUAGGAUCAGAAGCCGUGAAUAAAGAUCAGCAAGAGCAGUCAUUCAAAAUGUUGGUGGAGGAAAGGGUGCAGCACACACAUGGCGAAACCACCAAGCUCUUUUCCCCCCAAGAUACCGUCCUCACCCCCGUGGGGGCCUGCAAUUGCGACCGCGCAGCGCCGCCCGGCUUUCUGUUGCGCGGGGGCGGAGCAGUGUGUACACAUGUUGGGGUUGCCGUUUGCGUCACGACAAAUUGGGACGGCUUGGGAAGUACUGGUUUUCUUCCUAUUGUGUUCCGACUCGACGUGUUGAGCGUUGUGAUGCGCGCACGUAAAAAAUAAAAAUGUACUACUAACUAGCACCUGAGACGAUAGAGCAGAUAAGUGCGAAGUGCAUGGGCAUGAUUCUAUGAUAGGCCUUUGAUCAUUGCUCAUGCUCUACUUCAGUGAAUGCACUGCAAAAACGAAAACAGGUGAUGCAAUGCAUGCUCAAACGCGGUACUUGGUUUGUCUCUGGGUUACUCUCGUGAUGAUGCUAUUUUUCGCCGACCUGGCGGAGAAGAAGGAGGCGGAGGAGCACGGUGCGGUAAGCGGCCACGUGCUUCUGGCCGCGUAUGCAGUCCUCGUCAUAGUGCACAUCGGCGCGUAUUUGUUAGCAGUUUUUCACAUUCUGACCUGGGAACCACAACUGUACAUGGCGGGGCGGAAAAAUAGAAGCAAAGCCGUCGUAGGACCACCGCAGGGAGUUUGAGAAGUUUAUUUGGAGAUCCAUCUAUUCUCUUCCACCUUGUGCUUCAAUUCCAGCCCUAGCUAGUUGUAGUGUACCUAUUUCCUUUGGAAGAUCUCGAACUUUGCAAGCACGACGUGUCAAAAUUAAAGCCUCAAGGUGUGCUGUUUCUGGAGGGCAACAUUUUCGUUUCCACUGUACCUUUUCAGCGUUGUUGUUUUCUAUUCCGACUUGUAGUCGUAAAAAUUGUAAAUGAAAAAUUGUUUGCGGAAAUGAUGAAAAAUUAAUUGUCAUUCAAAAUAAACUUGGAAUGUGGACGUGAAUGUGGAGGAAUCGAUUGUGAUUGCUGCGUACAGGGCGGGAAAAAACGAAGAACAACUUUGAAACAGUGCUUGCGCAUGAGCAUGUGAUCGAAGUGAAGAAUGUCGCCCGUGGUCGUG